AAGCUGUAUACUAUUCAUCUCUGUGUUCGAGAACAGACCAGGCAGAACCAUGCUGGGAGGUUUAGGAAAGCUGGCCGCCGAGGGUCUGGCCCACCGGGCUGAGCAUGCUACUGAAGGGGCAGUCCACAUGGCUGAAGAAGUGGUCAAGGAAGUGGUCAAGGAAGUAGUGGAACAUGCCAAGGAUGCUGGUGAGAAAGCCAUUGCAAAUGUCGUCAAAGCUGCAAAAGAAACUGAAGAGAAAGCUAUCAAGGAGGUGACCAAUACAGUGACCAACACAAUAAUGCACGCCACUGAGGGACUGAAUAAACUAGGACAACAAUAAACUAGGAUCAACAUUGCCAUCACAGCUUGGACAAAAUAAAAAGCCAUGUGAAUUCCA